GGGGGGUGGGUGGGUGCUGCUGGCGACCCCCCCCGCUCUCGCCCCCCUCCAAUCCCGCAUUGUUCCCGGCUCGGCGGGAGGAGGAGGAGCAGGGCCAAGGGCCAGCGGGAAGGCAGGCGGGAAGGCGGGCGCCGGGACGUGCUGGAGCCGCCUGUCAUGUUGGUGGAGCUGCUCUUCCAGGCUGCCUGUGUGUCCCUGUUCCUCUCCAGCGGCCAGGGCAGGGUGUAUCCCGCGAGGAAGAAGCCGGCCAGCUUUGCCGUGGAGAGGCGCCGCGUGGGGCCCCACGUCUGCUUCCCAGGCUCCGGCAGCGGAUGUUGUCCUGGCUGGAUGCUGUCUCCGGGCAGCGGGAAGUGCACCCUGCAUGGAGAGCAGGGAAUCACCUGCCCAGAGCCACCAGGGACUUGCGGGGAGUAUGGUUGUGACCUGUCCUGUAACCACGGCGGCUGCCAGGAGGUCGCCCGCGUGUGUCCCGUUGGCUUCUCCAUGGCCGAGACGGCCAACGGUGUCCGCUGCACCGACAUUGAUGAGUGCCAGAGCGCAGCCUGUGAGGGGACAUGUGUGAACACGGAGGGAGGCUUUGCCUGCGAGUGCGGAGCUGGCCGGGAGCUCUCUGCUGACCGCCGCAGCUGCCAGGACACAGAUGAAUGCCAGGCCACGCCGUGCCAGCACCGCUGCGAGAACAGCGUGGGCAGCUACCGCUGCUCCUGCCGGCCCGGAUACCACCUCCAUGGGAAUCGGCAUUCCUGCGUGGGUAUGAAGGUGGCCAUGAGCCUGUGGGCACUGUGCCAGACCCCCUUCCCUCAUCAUGCCAUGAAUCCCAAGGGUGCAGCACCUCCUGCCACAUUCCCUUAUUGCACAGAUGUGGACGAGUGCCGGUGGCCUGGCACGCGCCGCUCCUGCCAGCACAGCUGCCACAACAUUCCCGGCAGCUUCCGCUGCUCCUGCCGCCCUGGAUACCGGCUCAGCGCAGACAGGGUGUCUUGUGAAGGGUAUCCCAAAUCUAUCCUGGCCCCGUCACCAAUCCUGCAAUCCCUGCAGCAUCCACCCACCCUUGUCCUGCUUCCUCCUGGCUCCCACCUGCUUCCAAGGGGCUCCCCCUCUCCCCACCUCCCUGUGGCAGCUCCUGGUACCCAGUUUCCUCCCUCCUCCCCAUCCCUAUCCCCUGAGCCAUUCCCACGUGCCAUGGGAGCCCCCGGCACCUCCAUCCCACCAUCCCGUCAUUGUUGGCACCGGGGAAUCUCUCGGGAGCCCAGCAGUCACUGGACAGAGCCAGGCUGCCAAAGCUGCACCUGCCAGGAGGGACAAGUCCUCUGUGACACCGUGAGCUGCUCUGUUCCCUGCUCCCACCCGCUUCCUGCUCCGGCUGGGGGUUGCUGCCCCACCUGCACGGGGUGCCUGCACGAGGGGGUGGCCAGGGCCGAGGGCGAUGUCUUCUCCCCAUCUGAUGGGAAUUGCACUGUCUGCGUCUGCUUGGCUGGGAAUGUCUCCUGCCUCUCCCCAGAAUGUCCCCCAGGAUCCUGCCCCAGCCCUUCUCCAGCUGACUGCUGCUCCUGCAAUCCAGCAAAGUGCGAUUUCCGGGGACGCACAUAUGCGCACGGAGCCCGGUUCAGCCUGGAUGGGGAUGACUGCACCACCUGUGUCUGCCAGGGAGGAGAGGUGGAAUGUUCCUUCACUCCCUGUCCCAUGCUGGAUUGUCCCCAGCACCAGCGGCAGCUGGGUCCUGGGCAGUGCUGCUCCACCUGCCGGGACCCUCCAGCCCCUGCCGGUUGCUUCCUGGAUGACAACGGUGUGGAGUUUCCUGUUGGACAGAUCUGGUCUCCAGGCGAUCCCUGUGAGUUAUGCAUCUGCCAGGCAGACGGCUCCGUGAGCUGCCAGCACACGGAUUGUGUGGAGACGUGUCCUUAUCCCAUCCGCAUUCCCGGGCAGUGCUGCCCCGACUGCUCUGCAGGCUGUACCUACAUGGGGAGGAUCUUUUCCAACAACGAGACCUUCCCGUCAGCGCUGGAUCCCUGCCUGAGCUGCAUCUGCCUGCUGGGCUCGGUAGCCUGCUCGCCCCUGGAAUGUGCCAUUGUGUGCUCCUACCCCUUCCACCCCGAGGGUCGGUGCUGCCCUGUCUGUGAGGAUUGCAACUACCAGGGCAGGAAGGUUGAGAACGGCCAGAGCUUCAUUCCCGAGGGACAGCCCUGUACCCGCUGCACCUGCCAGCUUGGAGAGGUGAGCUGUGAGGAGAGGCCGUGCCCCCACUCCUGCUCUGAGCCCCGCACACUGCCCAUGGGCUGCUGCCCAUCCUGCCCAGCCACAGACAUCCGGCUCCUGCUGCAGGGCAGUGACCUGUCCCCAUCCUCAUCCCAGUCCUCAUCCCAGUCCCCAUCCUCACCCCCAUCCUCAUCCCAGUCCCCAGUCCCUAAAGAUUCACCCCCUGGCACCCCUCAACACCGCCGCUACCGCCUGGCCCAGCUCCUGCUUCCUACCACACUGCCCCUUGGCCCAUCUCCAGGGAUUUGGGGUGCUGGGAUGCCCCCUCCAACCACUCCAAGUCCCUCUGGAUACCCCUUGGCACCCACUGCGCCUCCUGACCCCCUCUAUGAGGCCACAGCCCCCCCCUAUCCCAUGGGCAGCCCUGAAGUUCAGGGAUCCCCCAGGAACGAGGAUCCCUCUGCAGAGCCAUUGGACAGCCCCAAGUUCCAGGUGCCAGGUGUGCCUGGAACGCCGUGAGGAGGAGAAGGAGGAUGAAGGAAAGGAGGAAAAGGGGGUCUGCAGGACCAGCAGGCCUGGCCCUGGGAAGGGAGCAGCUGUCCCCCUGCCACCAAUAAAGUCACUCUGGUAUUUA